CCAAUCAUCGUUCUCCACAUUACUUACCCGGCACGAUGAAGUCAAGUUGACCGCCGUCUAACUACGACGUUCCUCGUUUAACAUCAUCUGGCAUGCAUUUAGAUGUUCGGAAUAUAUUAAUUAUAAUAAAUAAAUUAUUGUUAGUUUUACAUAUUCAUUUUUGGGGUGUUUGUAAUUGAGCGACUGCAUUCUAUAAGUGCUAAGUAUCUAAUUUAAGGAGUUUGUCCAGAUCAUCUAAAGUUUCCAUGUGACUCUGUGUUUAUCUGUGUUGUCUGUGUAACUGUCAAUAAUACUGCUUGCAUUUAUUUUAUUUUGUGGUGUGUAAAAUCAGUACAAAAAUGGAAAUUGCUCAUACUAAAACUCGUGAAGAAAUAUUAGAGCAAUUCGGAACAGAUCCAGAAAGGGGUUUAUCACCGACUCAAGUUAGAAAUUUACAAGAGAAAUAUGGUCCCAAUGAAUUGCCUGCUGAAGAAGGCAAACCUUUAUGGCAGCUCAUCCUAGAACAAUUUGAUGAUCUAUUAGUAAAAAUUCUGCUUCUUGCUGCAAUAAUAUCAUUUGUCUUAGCCUUAUUUGAAGAACAUGAAGGUCAAAUAACAGCUUUUGUUGAGCCCUUUGUCAUUCUUCUUAUUCUCAUAGCUAAUGCUGUUGUUGGUGUCUGGCAGGAACGAAAUGCCGAGAGUGCGAUAGAAGCAUUGAAGGAAUAUGAACCUGAAAUGGGAAAAGUCAUAAGGCAAGAUAAACCAGGUGUACAGAGAAUUCGUGCAAAAGAUAUAGUUCCUGGGGAUUUAGUUGAGAUUGCAGUUGGAGAUAAAGUGCCUGCAGACAUUAGAUUAUUACAGAUAUUUUCUACUACGCUAAGAGUUGACCAGUCUAUAUUAACUGGUGAAUCUGUAUCUGUAAUAAAGCACACGGAUCCCAUUAGAGAUUUUAAAGCUGUUAAUCAAGAUAAGAAGAAUUUACUUUUCUCGGGUACAAAUAUUGCUGCUGGUAAAGCAAGGGGCAUUGUAAUAGGAACUGGUUUAGAAACUGCAAUAGGAAAAAUUCGUACUGAAAUGUCAGAAACAGAAGAAGUGAGAACACCUUUACAACAAAAACUUGAUGAAUUUGGUGAACAGUUAUCUAAAGUAAUUUCUGUCAUCUGUGUUGCUGUGUGGGCAAUUAACAUAGGACAUUUUAACGACCCAGCUCAUGGAGGAUCUUGGAUUAAGGGUGCUGUGUAUUAUUUUAAGAUUGCUGUUGCAUUAGCAGUUGCAGCUAUUCCCGAAGGCUUACCAGCCGUUAUAACUACAUGCCUAGCUUUAGGUACUCGAAGAAUGGCAAAGAAAAAUGCAAUUGUGAGGUCUCUACCAUCCGUUGAAACAUUAGGCUGUACAUCUGUUAUUUGUUCUGAUAAAACUGGAACACUGACAACAAAUCAAAUGUCUGUUAAUAGGAUACUAGUAGUUGAUAAAAUUUUAGCGAAUGAAACUACUAAUCAAAUCAUGUUCCAUGAAUUUGAAGUUACUGGCUCUAAAUAUGAGCCAUUGGGAAAUUUGCAGUCUAACAAUCAUCUCAAGCAUGCCAAAGUUAGUUUUUCAAAUCAUUACCGAAAAUAUCUGAAUGAGCAGAAAGUGAAGUGCUCGGACUUUGAAUCUCUAUGUGAAUUAGCAACAAUAUGUGUUAUGUGUAAUGAUUCAAGCAUUGAUUUUAAUGAGUAUAAACAAAUGUUUGAAAAAGUGGGAGAAGCCACAGAGACUGCAUUGGUCGUUUUAGCAGAAAAAAUGAAUCCAUUUGGUUAUAACAAAACUGGCUUAAGUCGUCGAGAUGCUGCUGUGGUUGUAAAUCAGGGUAUUUCUUCAAUGUGGAGGAAGGAGUUCACAUUAGAAUUCUCUCGUGAUCGUAAGUCUAUGAGUACAUACUGCAUCCCCGUAAAGGCAAAUAGACUUGGAAGUGGACCAAAAAUGUUCUGUAAGGGUGCCCCUGAAGGAGUUUUGGAUAGGUGUUCUUAUGUAAGAGUUGGAAACACCAAAUUACCAAUGACUGCUUCAGUCAAAAAUAGAAUAUUGGACAUAACUAAACAAUACGGAACAGGCAGAGACACUUUGCGUUGUUUAGCUUUAGCAACGAUCGAUAAUCCACCAAAUCCUUCUAUUAUGGAUCUCGCGGACUCCUCAAAAUUUGCUACUUAUGAAACAGGGAUGACAUUUGUUGGUGUUGUUGGAAUGCUAGAUCCUCCAAGAAAAGAAGUAAAAGAUGCUAUCAGGCGUUGUAAAGCAGCUGGUAUUCGUGUUAUUGUAAUUACAGGUGAUAACAAA